AUGGAAGAAGCAGGUGGUGGUGGUGGUGGUGGUGGUGGUGGUGGUGAAUUGUUACAUAAGUGGUUGGAGGAGAAGGUGAAGGCGGCACAGGGGACGUAUACGGGUGUAGCGGAUGCCGCAGCGGCGGCACAAAAAAUUACAGAGGAGUUGAAGAAUGAUAUAGUGGCAACAUGGGAAAAAUUGAAGACUUCCUUGGCGCAAGCGGGGGCCGUUGAAAUAGAGGGUCUCUGUAGUGACGUCGCUGGGAAAGAGGGGGGUGGCAUAGAGGAGGAAUAUCUGAAGAAUUUAUGUAAAGGAAUUGUCGAAAUGAGAUAUUUCAUAAGUGGGGGGAGUUCGCAGAUAAGGUGGGGGCUCAAGUUUGAAUCGGACAUUAAACCGCAUGAAUGGUAUCCACGUUGCAUUGUUGGAACAGUUGCCCUAUCUGAAAUUUAUGGCGAUCAUUGUAAAUUGAAGGAAGUGAUUAAUCGAAUAUCGGACAGGGCGGACGGGAAGUUAGAGGAACAUAGGGAGAAGGACGGUGCAAAAUUGGAUAAAUGUAAAGGACUUACAGACACCGACAUAUUGUUCGGUAAAACCGUUCUUCAGGGUACAAUCAAAGAUUGGGUGGUCGAACAGAGGACAUACGCGGAGAAUAAAGAGAGGAACAUAAGAAGUAAGGCACCCUGGAGAAUAAGAAAACCGUGGGAAAAGUGGCCAAGUGUCUGUAAUCAUAAGAAGAGGGCGGAAGGGCAGGCAGGGGAGGCAAGGAAAAAAGAACUAAGAGAAGAGAAUGCGCAGAGUAUGACAACAUUCAUGAAACUAAACAACGACACCACCACCAUUCAAAAUAGUGGUGGUAGUAGUGUAAUGCCUUUAUCAGACGUUCUCAUAGGUGAAAGUAAAGAUUAUUCAUUGGACUUAGGCAAAUUAACGAAAGUAUUUGAGGAUGUCAUACAGAACAACAAUACUGGUACUGCUGAUUUAGCUGGGGCCAUAAUAGAGAAGAUAACGAAGCAAUCUGAUGAAAAAUUAGGCGUCAAAACAACAUUGGAGAAGAUGUUCGAGAGAAUCGAGUCCGAAGGGAAGGCGAACAAUAAUGCUGCAUGUAAAGAUUUCGGUGAUGGUAAUGAACAUAGUGUUGAAAGAAAAGCUUGUAAUCAUAUCGCGGCUGGUUUAAAAUACAUUAAGGAUAUUAAGCCCAGUGCUACUGCCACUCAGAACUCAAAUGAUGAUGACAAGUUUUUUAAACAAUCUAUGAUGUGCGCAGCACUUAAUUUUUACGCUGAUCAAAUAAAAAAAAAAUCUCAAGAUAAAUGUCCGAUUGAUGAGAUAAAAAUAAGAGAAAUGUUUAAUGAUUGGAAUGGAAUUAAUAAUACUUGGUCUUCGCCUUCGUGUUCGACCUCUGGUGGUAAAAAUAAUUGUUUUGUUUGUAACAGGAUAGAUAACGAAGACUUUAAGGAUUGCAAACUAAGUGUUGACAGCUCUUUGGUUAAUAUAACACAACCAAGUGGAGGUUGCAAAGACAACACCGACAGAAACAAAGUCCAAGACGAAAUGAACAAACUCCUCAACAACGAAGACAACGCAAUCAACCCCAAAAUGAAAGGAACAUUAUCCACUAUCACUGACAUUAAGACCUCUUCUUUCUGUACUCAACUUCAAUGCGCAGCAAAGAAAUGGUCACAGAGCAAAAAAGGAAAAAGCAGCGGAGUGACGUGGAAUGUCCUGAAAGAAGACAUCGACAAAGAAUUGAAGGCACUUCUAGAAAAUAUGACAAAAUCGGAUAAUCAGAAAGCAGUUGAACAAUACUGCAAAGAUAACGAAGCUAAAUGGGAUGCAAUGGGCCAUAAACAAAGCAAAACAAAUAAAGCAGCUUGUUUGCUUUUUGCUGCAGGAUUAAAGCACAUUUAUGGCCGCGGUAAGGGCCAGGUUAACGGCUCUGUUAAGGGCCCAUCGUUUGAACAAACGAUGGGUUGUUUAUUUCUUAAAGAAUAUGCAAAACAAUUAAAAGAAAUGGCUGAAGUGAAGAAACAAGGACAUAGUUGGGUACAUCCUCUUUGUGACAUAGAUCAGGGCAUAGAUCACGCCUUUGAUAAAAGUAAUUCCAUUAUGGAAGCAUCAUCUCAAUGCAAAAAGAAUGGUAGUACUAAUGAUUGUUUUGUUUGCAAAUGGGACAAUGACGAUUAUAAAGAUUGUUCCAUUGGUACUGACAACGUAAAGACCAACGUGGAACCACUACUCCAAUCGAACAAAGAACAUAUGCAACAAACAUUAGAGAAUACAGUUUGUCCCAUCCUCCUUACGGAUCUCCUUACCCCUUUUCUUCCUUUGGCUCCUGUCUCUAUUGGUCUUUCUGCUAUGGCUUAUUACCUUUGGAAGUAUUUUGGUCCUUUUGGUAAAGGAGGACCACGUUUCAGAAGAUCUCCUGCUGAAAUUCCUGGUCCAUCCGUACAAGAACAAGUCCUCGAUCAUGUGGAAGAAGCUGGUCCACAUGAAUAUCAAUUGGUGAAGGAACGAAAACCUCGUUCUGCUCCAACAAGAACAAAACGUUCUGGUCGCGCAAAUCGUCGCACGAUUAUUGAAAUUCAUUUUGAAGUGUUGGAUGAAUGUCAAAAAGGGGACACACAAUUGAACCAGAAGGAUUUUCUGGAACUUUUGGUUCAAGAGUUCAUGGGAUCCGAAUUUAUGGAAGAAGAACAGGUUCCUAAGGAAGAAGUUCUUAUGGAAAGUGUUCCAAUGGAAGGGGUUCCUAUGGAAAGUAUUCCUUUGGAAAGUGUUCCAAGUUUAGGUUCCGGGUUUAUGGUUUAA